AUGGCACUGAACUUAUCUCUCCCCACGGCUUUGAUUCUGAUCGACAAUCAACUCGGCUUCACCAACCCCUCUACGGUCUCUUACUGGGGCACAACACGCUCCAACCCACAGUAUGAAGACAACAUCCAAUCUCUCCUGGGCGCCUUCCGCGCUGCAAAAUCAUCAAACUCGACUCUAAUGGAAGUAAUCCACGUCUUUCAUUCCUCCCUUUCCCCAGAGUCCCCUUUCCACCCCUCCCACCCGUCAAAGGGAAUCACCCCACUGGAAUUCGCCACCCCGGCACCAGAUGGGUCGGAGCCCGUCUUCUGGAAGAGCGUUAAUUCCGCCUUUAUCGGCACCGGACUUGAAGCUUAUUUGCGAGAAAAGGGAUUCCGCCAGCUCAUUAUCGCGGGGUUGACGACUGAUCAUUGCGUCUCGACGACUACGCGGAUGGCCGCUAAUCUGGGGGUUGUGGAUCGGUACCCCGAUGGGCCUGUGCGGCUGAGAUCGGACGGAACUCAUGAGAAUGAGUUGAAUGUCGACAAGGGUCGUAUUGUUCUUGUUGAUGAUGCUACUGCUACUUUUGGCAAGGCUGGGAUUGAUUCAGAGACUAUUCAUCGGGUAUCCGUGGCUAGUCUGGAUGGGGAAUUUGCUGAUGCAUUCAGCACCAAGGAGGUUGUUCAAGCGCUGGGUAAGUAA